CGUGGCGUUUGAGGGAUUUCCCCAAACGACGGAGUGAAAGUUUGGAAAUUUGAGUGUGAAAAUUGUACGAACACCAACUAAAUUGUUAUACAUUUCUCUACAAGAAUAUAAAGAUUUCAAUCCUUUGACCAAAUGAAAUUUGCCGCAGGAUUAUGUAGCGAUAUUAAGUUUUGUUCAUUGGUCCGUGACGAUUAUGUCAAAUCGUCAUUACCGGAAUCUCGCACACCAAGCGGUAAACAUAAUGAAUGAGGAACAAGAGGCCUAUGUGGAAAGUCCAAGUCUUCCAGCGAAUCUACCACCUCAAGCAGACAACAAUGCAGAACGCGGUAAUUCAGCGGCCAAUAGCGGAGAAAGUGACCAAGCGAGAGUUCCGGCAAGUGACCAAGCAAUCGCCGCCAAUGCUGAGAACUUAGAUAGGGUCGAUGGUUAUGACGAAGUUUUUGAUCAAAACGUGAGCGCAGAUUUCGAAUGUCCCAUAUGUAUGCUGGUAUUACGUAAUCCUGUUCAAACAGGAUGUGGACAUCGCUUUUGUGGAGCGUGCAUCAAUAGACACUUGGCAAACGUUCACACUUGCCCAAUUGACAACCAACAGCUGGACCCGAGCGAGAUAAACGCUGAUAAUUUUGCUAAGAGGGAAAUAUAUAUGCUUCGUGUUAAAUGUCGGACUGUAAAGAACGAAAAGGAAUGCCCUUGGAUCGGAUGCCUGAAAGACGUUGAGGAACAUUUAAAAACUUGUCCAUUUGUGGAAGCGCCAUGUCCGAAAGGGUGUAAUCAAAAUGUAGAGAGGAAAGCGUUGGACCAUCAUUUGAAGAAGGAAUGUCCAAAACGAACAACAACCUGUACACAUUGCAAGACUGAAGUGCUCCAUAAGAAUUACAAGGAUCAUUAUGGAAAGUGCCAAAAAGUAGUUGUUCCUUGUCCCAAUUGUAAACAGAAGAUGCUGCGAGAAAAGUUGGUUGCUGGACAUGAAAAGGAGUGUCCCAAAGGACAGGCUGUGUGUGAUUUUAAAUCGUAUGGAUGCAAGUGGACGGGGCAGCGAUUUAAUCUCCAAAACCAUCUAAACAACGAAAUACAGUUACAUUUGUCCAUGCUGUGCGCUGCUUUAGCCGUAUUGUUACCUCAAAACGGAAAGGAAAAGAGCAAAGGUGCUGCCAGUGGAGGUGCUAGUGCAAGUGCAAAUGGCAAUGGUACUGUGAGCGGGACCGUCUUAGAGGAGUUCAAUCGUCAACGUAACAAAAACACUGAGGCUAUUGCAACUUUGGAAGCCAAGCUGGUGGAAAUGGAGCGAAAAUAUCGUGAACUAAGAGGCCGCACUGAAAGACAACAAAGGGACAAUGAAUCUGGCGUGACAGCUUUGAAGAAUACUGUAAUUGAUCUGGAAGCACGUAUGUGCAAUGGAGUCUACCUGUGGAGGAUAGAGGGGUAUCCAACUCAUCUAGAAAACGCUCGCGAGAAUGUUGUUACAGCAUUGCACAGCCCUCCAUUUUACACCAGUUUUUAUGGCUACAAGUUAUGCCUCAGAAUCAACCCAAACGGAGUGGAUACUGGCUAUGGUACUCAUGUUUCUUUGUUUGUUCAUAUGAUGCAGUCACCCUGGGACGAUACUCUGGAGUGGCCCUUUUCAGGCAGGAUCUCCCUUUCCAUUCUUGACCAAAGUGAUGAUGGAGAUUACAAACGUCAUAUCAGCGAAACGUUGGUCACCAGGCCAAAUCUUUUGGCAUUUCAAAGACCAACCACUCCCCGAAAUCACAAAGGCUAUGGAUAUGUGGAGUUCGCCCAUAUCGAGACAUUGCAGGAUCGGCAAUACGUUAAAAAUGACUGUCUUCUGGUUCGCGUUCAAGUUUUUCAGUGAAUCAAGCGUUAUAAUACUUAUAUAUCCGAUAAAAUACAAAAAAACUUUAACUACAAAGAUAGAAAUAAAUUUAUUUCGACAUUUUGUCCAUAUUUUAGUCAUCGCCAAGAAACAACGCUUAAUGCUUGAAAUAAUAUAUGACAUAGAAAGUUCAGAUGUUUCGUAUACCAAUAAAAAGAUAUGUAAAUGCUAAAGUUAAACCCAGAUCUGGUAGCAUGCAGAACCAUGAAUCUUUAUUAUUAUUACUAUUACAUUUAGUUUAUUUACAAUAUAUAACCACGCCUGUCUAACUCACAAUCUUCCUGUUUGAAGAACUCGCUGUAAACCCGCAAAUUUCACUAAUCUCCAUAAUUGAUAAAUGGUCGUUAAUGUCAUAUUACCUCACUACUAUUAGCACAUGCAAAUGUAUUAUGUCAAACAUGAGGCAUUAUUUCCUGACGAUGACUAAAAAUAUAUUCGGGGCGUUGAAAUAAAUUUUAAAACAAUUUCUGUCUCUGGAGUGUACUGUUCUUUUGUAUUUUAUUUAAUUACUUUGUGAUUGUAAAAUGUUCGUCCUGUCUGCGUAAAAUUCGUGAUUAUUUGAUAUAUAUAUUACUCUGUUUCUCGCGAAGAUGAGAUUUUGUGAAAGGGCAAUACCGAAAGUGUUAUGGUCACAUUUAAAAAACGUUUAAAAUCCAGAGAAUCUUGUUACAGGGUUUCCAUAUUUUGUGAUGUUUUGUCAAAAUGAAGGAUUUUGUCCAAAAAGGAUUUAGAAAUUGUCGGCUGAUUAAUUCUCAAUUCGUUAUUUAACUUUCGUUUGGAGUUGAGCCUUAAACUAUACAAUCAUGAUUUGUAAACCCGUAAAAACGUUAUUGUGUUUUCUGCAUGUCUCUCGUCGAGAAUGCGGUUUAUUGCUUCGACAAAAUCGGUCAUUUUUUUGUUUCAAACAAACAAUUACCGCCGUUUUUAGCCCUGUGUGUGGUCUUGCGUUAUGUUUGCGAAUCAUAUUUACCAGUGAGUGAUAUUUAUCGCUUAAAUUUAGCUUUUUCGUUGGUGAAUUCGAAUUUGAGGUGUAAUAUUGUAGUUUGAGUAUAAUUACAAAGCCAAAGGUGACCACUGAAAAUUCUGGCUUCUGAUUGGUCGAUCGACCUCGGAUUAUUAUGCAAUAUUCACCUAAGCGGAUUUUUCAAAAUGCCGGCGAGCUGUUUUUGUCAAAGGUACAGGUGAAGAAAUAAGUUAUUUUAACGAAAAUACUGUACUAAAAAGCACAAAAGAUUUGUAAGAAUUAGGCAUAAAAUUAUUUCGAGGUAAAAAACUACGUUUUCGAGUGCCUUUUAACUUUAUUUUGCGAAAAUAUUACUUUAUUUAAAUCGCCCUAAAACUGUCGAGAGGUUUGUUUACCUUUGCAAAACUUUUUUAAAAAAAUUACCUUGCCCCAACACCUGACGUCAUCGUGCAUAUCCUCGUUAAUCUAGAACGGCGGACAAACAACUUAUUUCUUUAAAAUCCUUAACCUGUGACAGGAUUUCCUACAUACUUGGAUUUCCAGUUGAGAAUGGAAUUGCGAAAGUUUGUCGGUAAAAUUUUCUACUUUGAAAAUAAUUGUGUGACGUCAUCAAUAAUGUUAAUUGGUGACGCUCACCAAGUUGUGAAAGAAAAACUGUCAUGUCUGUCAAGUUUUUGACUGUUAAUAGAAGACGUGAAUAGCGAUGAAUAGCCGCUAUUUCUACUUUGAUUUUUCCCUUAACAACUUGGUGAGCCUCACGUAGUAACAUUAUUCGAUGGCGUCACGAGCAUUGUUUUCAAACUAGAAAAUUUAACGAGCAAACUUUCGCAAUUCCAGACUCAACUGGAAAUCGCAGUAAUAUCAAACGUUCUUCAAAGUGAGUUCGCUCCGAAAAGUCAUGUUGUCUAGAAAACAGUAGUUUUUUUAAGGCGAUUUUCUUAUCAUUCACUUUCGUAACAUUCUAAAUUUUGAUUGGUUGAUUUACUAGCAAAUAACUGCGUGCAAAUAAUAAUAGUUAAAAUGUUCGAAAUAAGAUCUACAAACAUUUAUGACCGUCAGCACAACUUUUUUGUGUUUUUUGGCGCGUUAACUUGGUUGGCUUUAUUAAUCACAUUUGACUUUAAACGUUACGUUACAAUUGUAUUUCAAAUGUGAUAAACAUGCUGUAUAAACCAUAAAAAUAAUACACAUAGAAUGCGCGCUGAUACCUCUUCCCUAAUAAAAAUUUGUCUCCAAAUAAAAGUUUUUUUGAAUGAUUUCUCACUCCUUGCGAGAUUCAAAAUGGCGCAUUAAUAAGGGUACAGCAUGAAAAAAUGUGGGACACGUAUUCGUGAUAAGUACGCAUUCUGUUAUUAUUUCUAUGGUAUAAACCCAGUAAACGCACCAAAACAGUACAAAAAACGUUGUGUCAGUAUAGGUAAUAGUAUAAUUUCGAGUGCAAUUACGGAUUAAAAAGCACGAGUGAGUUUAAGGCUGCAAAAUAGCGCAAGUUUCGAAAGGCGAGCGUUAUUUGCAGUCUUUAAAAACUCACGAGUGCGUGUUUAUCCGUAAUUGCACGUGAGAAAUUAUACUAUUACGUAUUAAUGAUAUGCAAGGAAAUCUUUGAGAAUAUAUUUGUAACAGGAUUUUGCACUGUUGUUACAGAAAUUUGCACUGUUACACAUUUUUGCACUAAUGUUUGGGAUUAACUGCACUGAAAUCAACCAAUAAGGGUCGAGAAACAUUUCCUUGUAUAUUAUUAGACGUGAUAAUUGUUUAUACGUCACGUUUAUAACAAUUUAGAUUUCAAAGUCAACGUAAGAAUUAAUUAUUACAUUUUUUAAAGGUAAACAAACGCGUGAAAAAAGUUCACGCGUCAUGCUCGAAUGUAAGUAUUGAACUCGCUUUUUGCAAAAUAUUGUUAUUUGCUAAUGUCUCGCAAAUCUGCUCACCAUCGACAUCGACAAAUGACGAUAUUUUGGUCGACCUCGUCCAACAAGUGAUUGUUAGUUGCCAUAAACCGACGCUGACUAAUUCUGAUUUGGGUUUCCUCGUUUGUCAAAAGAAUAUUGAAGAUGAGAAGAAUAAAGGGUGCAAAACUUGUUGUUGUCCGGUGUACACGACGCUCGUGCAAGGACGACAACUGCACGUUUUCUCUAUGCUCCCAAAGGUUGAAUGAUAAAGAUCAAGAUGUGGUCUCGAAAUCCUCUCCGCCACCGAACUCGGAAGAACUUUGCCACCCAGGGUGUGACCUGGCGUAACCUCAACUUUAUUUUUUUUUCACAACUUCAUUGUCAUAUAUAUUCUAUAUUAUUAUUAUAAUUAUAACUGUUGCGUGAUGUUAUGUGCUGUGGAAUGUUAGGUGUGUCGUCCAAUGUCAAAAGUUACGAAAUAAGAUUGAUUAUUAUGUUGAAGGAAUUAAUUAGGUAUAUAAAAAUUGAUGUAAACUGGGUGUAGCAGUUAGUGUUGGCUAUAGAUUAAGAAGGAUAAAGGUUGUAAUAUUGAUUGUAUAAUAAAGUUGUUAAAAAAUGUCA